AUGUCGAACGACUCGCUCACCAUCCGUACGCGCUACAAUGACGCACUGACGUUAUCCAGAACCACCAACGCUAUUUCUGGCCCAUUGCUAUCGGCCUCCGGGCGCUUGAUAUUCCCUUCGCAAGCGCGCAUGCUGUACGAGCGGUAUGGAUUUCAAUGUCGCUCGGAGUCCGACGCUCUCCCAUCCAGACCCUCUGCUUCUCCCUAUGCGACAUUGGAGGUCAGGACGGCAGCCCGACGACUUGGCAUCAACCAGCCCUUGGAACGCUCGCGCGCUACUGUCAUACAGAUCCUCGGGUGCUACAACCAACUCAUCGACCGCGAUCAGGUCCACGCCAGAAACGACGUUUACAUCGCCUACGCAGUACAAAACUUCAAGUUCGUAGAGCGCGCCUAUGCAGACGGAGGCCGGGCGUUCAUCCUUACGGAACACGGCGCUAUCAACACGAAAGGCCCCGUCGUCAUUGUCUACGACCCUCUCGUCGCCCUCGCAUUGUAUCGCACGGCUCGCUUGUCCGACGUGCGCGACGUGAUGGGCGUCGCAGUGAGGCUGGGCGCCAGGUUCAAUCUCGCACGCGCCAUCCCAAACAAUUCACCCCCGAUGACGACUUGCGGAAGAAAACACGUCUGCACGCAAGGUCACAGAUACGCCUCCUACGUGCGUUGCCGCGACGCGUUCGUCCGCAGUGAGAGAGGGCACGUCGCUAUCAAAGCCGGCGGUCUCAUGGCGCGUCUCGCAGUAGGAACGGUCAAGCCCGACGACAUCUACAACGGCGCAAUUGCAGGGGGCGAUCGCAAAAUUGCCAUGUUUGGCUGGUACGAUCUCUACGACGGCUCCUUGAGUCGAAAGGAUGUCUCCGUCCUGUGUGGGGUUCACUAUACCCGCCCGUGGUCGAGGGAGCUGUCCUCGUGGUGGCCGACGCCCGACGUUUGGGCGGGUUGUAGGUUAGAGCGUGAGUUUUGGACUCCAGAGGCCGAGGAUUGGUUCAUCGGAUGGCGGGAUCAGCUCGAACGAAACGCAAUUGACCGGGCGCCGACAAAGACAGAGUGGAGGGAGCGCCUGCGCCCCGUUUCGGCCGCCUCUCGCCAUCUCAUGGACGGGUGCCGCGAGCACGCUUAUAGAUUCAUGACUGAGCGCAUGUAG